CAAAGAUUAGAUAAAGGGUUUACAAAGUUUAAUUGUGAUAGUAAGUAUAAUAAUUUAUCUGCAAUUUUAGAAAAAUUUGAAACUUGGAUUCAAUUAGUAGCAAAAUCAGAUAAUAUAUUACAAAAAGAGCAACUUAUUUG